AUGUGUGUAUCUAUUUGUCCCAUUUCCUAUUAUGCUGACUUAAAUACAAACACUUGUAAAUAAUGUGACUAAAGCUGUAAGACAUGCAAUGGCAAUUCAAACUCUAAUUGUCUUUCUUGCAGUUUACCUUUGUAUUUUGAUUCAGCUACUUCUAAGUGUGUUUCUAACUGCAAUUAAAAUUAGUAUAAAUCCGAUAGUUCAGCUUCUUGUUUGAAUUGUCAUCCUACUUGUGAAACUUGUAAUGGACCACUUAAUAGCCAGUGUCUCUCUUGCCCAAGCAAAACUUAUUUGUACUAAAAAUAAUGCUUUACUACUUGCCCAAGUGGAUAUUAUUAAAAUAAUCAAACAAAUUAAUGUUAAUAAUGCGAUUCAAGCUGCUUAACAUGCUUUAAUGGAUCCUCAAAAAAUUGUCUAACUUGUGCUUCUCCAAGAUAUUUCUAGCAUGUAUCAAAUUCUUGUAAUUUAACAUGCAAUUCUAAUUAAUAUCCUAAUAAUUCUGAUUUUACUUGCCAAUCCUGCGACUAAAGCUGUGCAUCAUGCUCCGGACCAUCAAGCGAUCAAUGCUAAUCUUGUUCUGAAAAUAAAUUUUUUUACUAAAACAAAUGUUUGAGUUCUUGUCCUGAUGGAUUCUAUAAAAGUUCUACAGAUAACACUUGCGCUUAAUGCAAUAAAUCAUGUUCUACUUGCAGUUCUAUUAGCUCAUGUUCAUCAUGUUUAUCUCCAUUUAUAUUAUUUAAUAAUUAAUGCCUAAGUGAGUGUCCAUAGGGAUAUUAUUUUUCUAAAAUUUCUAAUUAGUGCGAAAGUUGUAGUAAAUCAUGCUAGACAUGCAGUGGUCCUGAUGAAAACUAAUGUAUCACUUGCAUUUAAGGAACAAAUUUGUAAGGAACAAUUUGCUUAUCAACUUGCCUAGAUGGAUAUUAUUAAAAUAAUAGUUUGUGCAUUAAGUGUAAUUCUUCUUGCUUGACUUGUACUGGCCCAAAUUAAGACUAAUGCGAAACAUGUCAAAAAAAUUAAUUCUAAUUUAAAAAUCAAUGCUUGAAUGAAUGUCCUUCUGGUACUUACUUAGAAAAAGAUAAUAAAAAUAAAUGUUAACUGUGCAAUAGUUAAUGCACUUCAAACUGCAGUGGACCUUCAGUGUAAGAGUGCUCAAAUAUUAAGCCUUUAAGUCAAAUAAUUGUUUACAUACUUAUUUCAAAGACAGUCCUUUGGGUAUUUUCAUCAAUAAUUGGUUUAGUGAAGGAUAAAAAUAACAAAGAGGGCUAGAAUUUAAGAGUGACUCCUUCAUCUUAAAUAUCUAUUGGAAAGUGGGAUUAAUAUGGUAAUGAAUCACCAAUAAUCUAAAAAAAAUAAAGUUUAUUUUCAAAUGAAAAUAAUUAAAAUGAAGAUUAAUCCUAAAAAUAAGGAAAUUAAAUCAUAGCUUCAUCAAUACAAAAUAUAUAAAAUGACUAAUUCCAAAAUUAAAUUUCUAAUUAGAAUCUACCUAACUUUGAGAAUCAUGAUUUUACAAGCAAUCAGCAAGCAAUUUAACAAACAAUUACUUGUAAAAAGUAUAACCGAAGGAGGCCGAGAAAAAUCCAUCUAAUCUUAUAAUAAAACUUGAAAAAUUCAUCUGUAUUUGGCGUAAAUGGUUUUUACAAUUAUGCUAAUAGCACUAUUUAAACUGCUACAGAAAACAACAUAAAAGAAAAAUCGCAAAUAUAUGACUAACAAGCCACUGUUCAGAAUAUUUCUCCUCUAUCAAAAUCUAAAAUAAGUAUUUUAGAUAAAGAAAAAGAUCCUAUAAAAUAUGAAGCCAAUUAAAAACUUAAGUUUAGUCUUCUGGGAAACGAAUGGGUAGAACUUUUUUCAUUUUAUGAUCCUUUUUUAAAUAGAGCAGUAAGAGCAACUCUAAUUUACCUGAAAUAUCAUAUGUACAUUUAUUUGUGUGAGCUCUUCAAAUUCUCUCCUCUAUAUUUUCUAUUAUUAUUAUCUCUGGCUUGCGGAUUGGGAUUAAAGUUCGUUCUCAUAAAAUCACUCUUUUACAUAACAAAAUAUAUUAAAUUUGGAAAUCUCUUAUCAUUUACUUUUUUCAUCUUAGCAAUAACUGCUGAUUUAUGGUUUUGGCUUAUCCCAAAGAUAUCUAGAAACAACCAUAAAACAGAUAUGAGUUGGAGCUCAUAAUACCUUAUUACCUUUGCUGUAGAUUUUCUUAUAUUUUAAUAAGUGCUAGCUCUGCUUAAAUACUUAAGCACAAUCAAUUUUUUAAAUAAUAAUAAUAAUAUACUCAAAUUCUUAAACAUAUUCAAAAGUAAUUACAUAUUAAACAAAAUAAAAACAUGA